UCGGGAAACACUUUGCAUGCCUUCCGCGUGUCAAGUCGUCUUUAUUAUUACGGUGAAAUAGCACGGUGUGUAUAUUUCGUCGCGAGUGUGGUGCGUGUGUGCGUCGUGUCGAAGUGUCGAGAGUUCACGCCGAAUCAUCGUCGUCAUCGCUAGGAGAGAGCGAGAAAGUAAGGACGACAAAGAGAGCUACGAUGUGUCUGCGUUUCAGCUCGUACCAAUUUUUCGCCGAUAGUUGACAUUCUCGAUCAUGGAACGUCGGUCUCGCCGGAGGGACGCAUCGUCAUCACGGCAUUAACAAAUACAAGCACCGUCGGAUAUACCGAAUUUGGAUUAACCAUGUCUACUAAGAGGCGUCGUGGGCCUAAAUUAAAUAUAGAACGUAAAAUAAUACGUGAAGGCCAUAAUAGAUAGGAUGAGUGGAUCUCGACAGAACGAAGCACGUUGCUUCAAUGAAAACUCUCCACGGCCACCAGUGCCUGGAGAGGAAACAGGAAACUACGUCAGCAGGUUCCGUCCACAGAGUCAAACUCUGACCCCUAGGCCUUCUUCUCUUGCAACACCAACAGCUUCAGGUUGCGAUGCUUCGGCACCUUUGGGAUUUGAACCGGAAGGUUGCUGUAGUACGACAACUAUGGAAAGUGAUUCGCCACCUGCUUGCUUGCGGUGGGCCAGGAACCUGCAUUCCUUGCUGCAGGAUCCAGUGGGCUUGGAAUUGUUCAGAAAAUACCUGGAUCAAGAAGGCAUUGCAAAUCCUCUUAAUUUCUGGUUCGCCUGUGAGGGUCUCAAGGAACAAACUGACCCCGAGAGGAUACAUCAAUUGGUUAAACUUAUCUAUAAAAAGUUCGUCUGCAACUCGCAGUUAGCUAUACCAGAAGAUGUACGAAGGGAAGCUAAUCGUCGGGUUAAAGAAGGGCGGGCGGACGAAAAAGUGUUUGACGCUGUACAGUUGGCAGUUGAACGUCUCAUUAAUGAGACUACAUAUCCAAACUUUCUUCAAUCCACUAUGUAUCUUGACUACGUUCGGUCCUGCCAAAACCCAGAUUCUGGUGGAUGUCCUAAUUCGGGAUCCAGUCGAGAGAUGUCUGUUUCUUGUGGGCCAAGUUUACUGCCCACUGUCCAUGAAGACAGUGAAUAUGUUAGUUCCAUACAUAGCUCACAUUCAGCUAGUGAAACGCCUGGGGAAUUGAGGGGUAAGCUGAGAUUGACCAACAGUGUGCUUAUGGCUACUCAACAAACUAGGGCGAUGGAUCUUCGACCAAAGCCAGAAGCAUAUGCUGGCGUAUACUUGCAACAUGGAACUAGUCCAUAUCAUAUGCUCGCACCCAGACUGCACGCACAAUAUUCCUCAUACAACCCAGUAUCCAGACAGGAUUCAGAACUUCAAAGCUUGAGCAGUGAUGCACGAACUGAAUCAGACAAUAUGUCUCUCACCGAUUCAUCAGUUGAUGGAGCGUCAAUGACUAAACAACGAAGUAAAAAACAAUAUACAAGACAGUGUAGAGCUAUUACCGAUCCAGCUAGUUUAAAUCGUGAUCCGCUGGCGCAUCAUACUAUCAUCCCUCGUACACAGCGAGUACCGCGUGAUCUUAUGCAUCCUCUGAAACCGGAAGAAUUUGCUCAAGUGCUUAUUGAGAAAUUGGAGAAGGUUAAACGUGAACGAGAAUCUCAGGAAAAGCUUGAUAGGCAUUUGCAAGAUAGCGACACGAUAAACAAGGAUGCACCAUUAGAGAUGUCAGGUGGAGCUUCAAAAACGCUAACAGAUGCACCGAUAGAAGAGCUUCUUCUUCUCUCUCCUCAAACAAUUUUGGACCAACACGUGUCACGAGUUUGGUCGACACCUCCUGGAAGCUCUACAUUUUCGAUAGAUAGCGGUAAUAUUCACGAUUUUCAAGAAGGCAGCGAUUUUGUCGGAGCUGGCUCCAUGAGUUCACUAGGAUCUCACUUGCCUAAAUCUAAAUCCGUGCCAUCUGAUUCCCUCCAUAAACAAGACCCGUAUCUUCAAGGUCAUGAUCAAAGAUUCCGAAUGUCAGAUAUGACCAGAAGAUCAGCCACAAAUAAGUCUACGACGGAAUUAACUGACAGUGGCGUUAGUGUUGUAAGUGACGCGCCACCGUCAACAAUUAGCAAAGACAGUCGUCUUUUAUCUCCAAGAAGGCUCCAAGAAACUGACAAAAAAACGGAUAUCAAACAUAGCCGUCAUGGGAAAAAGAAUGGUUCUCGCAGUGGCUCUUUGGAAGAGACAAUCAGGGAAACACGGGGUGUUUCUGCUCAAACGCAUACAACAACACAAUUAGAAGAAGCAAUAAGAAGAUUAUCGAGUUGUCAACAACGCCAUUUUACCACCGUUGUGUUCAGUUUCUGUGACGAACAGUUUCCUUAUAGGACUAAAAUUCCUGGUCAUAAUGUCACUUUAAAACAAUUUAAAGAAUAUCUUCCUAAGAAAGGCAGCUAUCGAUAUUUCUUUAAAACCGAGUGCGAGGACUUAGAUACAAAGGUUGUUCAAGAAGAAAUAACCGAUGAUUCUGAGGUCUUACCGUUAUGGGAGGGUAAAGUUAUGGCGCAAGUUAAGGCGCUCGAGUGAUAGACUGAAACAAGGAUAUUCUGAAUAAAAAAGAACGUGCUAACUUCGAACAAGUGCCGCAACUAAUUUUAUUUAAGAGG